UAUGAUUUUAGAAAAUAUAGAUAUUUUUAAAUUAGUUGGAGCAUUUACUGCACAUACAGAAUAUAUUGAAAUUGUUAUAGAUGAAGCAGAAGUUUAUUAUUAAGGAUAACCUUGUAUUGGAGCUUUAAACAAUAAAAAUGAAUUAAUUAUUGGGUUUAGCUCUAGUCAAGAUUAAGCAACUAUUGCUGCUCUAUUUUUAUUUAAAGGAACUUUAAAAGAUACAGAUUUUGAAGAUAAGGAAAAUUUCUAAGAAAGAUGGAUCAAACGAAAUACUCCAAGAACAAACGAAGAAAUGAAAUAAUAAAAUCAAGAAAGAAUUAAAAAUAUUGAAAAAGAAAUUAAAGAAAAAUAAAGCAUUCUUAAAGUAAGAGAAGGAUUUGGACAUGAGAUAGAAUUUGAGGAAAUUAAAUAACCAUAAAAAAAAAUGGAAUGGCCAGAAUUUUCAUUUUAAUUAUUGUUUAUUUUACUUAAAACACCUUUAGGAGCUGUUCUUUUAGUAGGAUUUUUGACAGUGUGUUUUGUUACAAUAAGUUUUGUCUUCUUUGAUCCAUAUGGAUAAAAUAAAAUAAAAAAAUAAUACUAAGAAUUGAAAGAUCUUUAAGAAUUUAAACAGAGAAUAAUUCUUCAAAAAUAAGUUAUGCCAAAAUCAGAUUGA